AUGAUAGAUGGAGGUGUGGGACGUGUGUCAGAUCGUAGAGCGACUAGUCAGCCACAAAAAUCAUGCAAUUAUAUCGGACUUCAAGUUAUAGCUGAAACAAAUAACUUUCAGCCGGUCUAUGUAUGUGUUAAUAUGAGGCGCCCAAAAGGUCCUGUCUGUGCGUUACCAAGUUUCUCAGCACUAAAGCAUUUGGACGAAAAACCAAUAUGUGCAUUAAAUAAUGCAUCAGAAAUGUCCUUUAGAUCACAAGCAAAACGUGAAAAAGUAACGGUAUCAAACCGUGAUUUGAAACGAAAACAAACUGUAUUCACGCAGAAAGAUAAAAAACAUGUACAAAUUUCAUCGGAUUACGAUAGUGAACACUCAAAUAGUCAACAGUUUCAUCCAGAUGAUCGUUUUCAGCCGUCUUUAUAUACACCUAACAGACGUCCAGUUGUAAGACGAAUUCAACGACAACGUUCAUGCUUUGAAUAUUUCAGAGAAUGUUUUACUUGUUUUCGCCAUCGAGAUGUACCUCAACUUAUAGAAGCAGAAAACUAUAUGCCAUUUUAUAUUCCGGACGAAUAUUUUGAUCGACCGAAUUACUUCCAUUCACAUCCAAUUGAAUGGCAUCUUCAUGAUGAUCUUACUCUAAAUCGUCCAUUAUGUAAACGACAUUCUGUUCAUCGAUACUCAAAUAUCGAUGAUAAUGAACUCUUACGAGAGCAGAAAUCUCUUAGACAAAAAACUCAAGCAAUUUCACAUCUAAAUAGUCCAAGAGACAGUGUUACAUCUGUGGCAUCACCGGACGAUUUUGUUCCAAAACAAGAGUAUUUACAUCGUCGACGAAGUUCUGUUCAUUUUAAAGAUGAGCAAGCUUCAAAUAAAGAAAUUGUGUCUGAUAAGUCGACUGAAACAAAGCAGGAAAUUCAAGGAGAAGUUGCUUGUCGGAAUAAUGAAGACGAUAUAUGGACGACAGUGACAAUUGGUCAAGAGACUACAACACAAUCUGGUCAUUUUAAUCGGCUUUCUCUCGAAAAUGUAACAAUCGUAUCUGAAAAUAACGAUCAUGUAUUAGACAUCCCUAAAAUAGAUACAUAUGAUAGCACGCACCUACGCGAUACGUGUGAAUCAUUGUUACCAUUCCCAGAUGAAUUUGAUGUAAAAGUCAAUCAACAUCAACCAUUUAACAGCCACAAAAUGAAUACUAAUUUUUCUACAAAGAACUCACAUAAAUCAUUGUCCCACAUAAAGAAACAAUUUGACUCUUUAUCACCUAAACAAAAAUCACCGUCACCAUCAGUAUCUAACAUCAUUCAUGAUAAUAAAACUCGUUCGUUGAAAAAACUAAAUAAAAUUGAUGACAGACAAGAACAAUCUCAAACUGAUACUCUAUUUACACUACCAGCAAAUAAUAAUUCGUUAUUAUUAUCACCAAAACACCAAAAUGUUGACGAUAAUUCAUCAUCCUCUUCCUACCUUAAUGAAAUAAAACCAUUUGAAGAAAUUAAUACAGAAGGAAGAUACAAUUACAUUGAUUUAGCCGAAACAUUAAAAUCAAAUGUUCAACGAUUAAGAAACACAUUUGUUACAAUUAAACAGCGAGAAAAUAAUAAUAAUAAUAAUAAUAAUACAAAACAACAAACUGAAACCAAGAUUAUAUCUCAAAAUGUGUAUGAAACGACGAAUUUCUAUGAUAUUUUUAGCAGUGGAACAGUUGAAAAUGCCAACAACACUAUUAUCAUGAAUAAUAAUAUACUUGAAUCAAAUAAUAGAUUAGCUUAUGCAGAAUUAUUACCGAUUAUGAAUAAUUCAAGAAAUAUUGAAAAUAAUCAAAAUUCAUUAAAUCAUUAUUUAAAAUAG